AUGCUGGGACGGCGUUGCUCCUAUGACAGCUUUCUUCCUCCCCACCACGGCCAGAAUGGGAACGGGUUUGGAGCCCUCUCCUUUGACCCCACGAUGGCAAACCUCAUCGCACGAGCAAACUCGCAAGGUCAGGCGGACCAGCUGGCAUCCAGAUUUCCGUCGCUGUCUUCAAAAGGCUCCGGCGACUACAACGGGUCGCGCGACCUGUUCGUUCAUUCGGGAAUUCCGUUUCUUUUAGACAGCCAAGGGGGCAGUUCUGCAGGAUCAGAUAUGCCAAGUGGAGGCGGGUUUGGUACAGAUUCAACUGUUGGAGGCCACGCAGACAUCUUGGCAAAUGCUUCGGGACAGCGGCAUGGACUCAGACGGGCUGGAACAGAUAGCAGCUGCGGGGACCGACCGUCGCGUGGACACAGUUUCUGCCGGACUGAUUCAGCGGGGUCGGAUCAGCCUCUUAUACUGCUUUCGAAGACGGAAGACUCUACUUCAUUUGGGGCUGGCCAGUUGGAAGAGGGUGGCCCGCUUUCUUUCUUUAGUCAAGGUCCGUCAGUGCUUCAGACAUCGGAAUCCGAGGCCAGUUCCUCGUCAAUGAGUACAUUGCCGAGGCCAACCUUUUCUGUGGUGGACUCGUGUUCCACGACAGGCAGCAUGGAGAACCUAAUGAACCAAACUGGAAAUUCCGCUCAGGUGCAGGGCCCGGGAUCUCGCUUCGGUGAGCGAGUGCCACAGAUAUCUCAAUCGCCUGCUUCAAGUGCGUCGAACAACCAAGGGAGUCGGGGCGACAGCUUCUUUUCAGCCCCGGCUCAGCGACCACAGAUCAAUAGAACCGACGAUUCACAAAGGGCAUCCGUGGGAAGUGUGCCAGCUGAGUACUUGGGGCCGUGGCAGGGGAACACGCAGAUGCAGGUGGCGCCCGAACAAUAUCGCGUCGUUUACCCGCAUCAAAGUCAGGUUGCGGACGGGCAGAGAAAGUGGGAAGCAGGCGCAGGACAAUACCAGGCUCCUGCAGGCACGCCUUACGCGGGAACUGCGUACCACUGGUCCGCAGAUUGGUUCGGUGCAGAACAGCGACAGCAGCAGCACAGCGGUACCGGGAAAGGCAGUGUGUCUUUCGGUCAGAAUGGCUCUGAAGGCGCUAGCGAAGGUGUUCUAAACAAGAUCGAGGAUCACACUAGAGAUUCUGGGGUGAUGUCGCUGACAACUGAUGCACACUUCUCGGCAGGUCAAUCUGAAGCUGUUUCGCCUGCAUCAUCCGCCCCUUCGGACAAAAGCUCUGUCGUCCGUCGAGUGGCUGCGGUUGAUGAGCUCGCGUCAUCGGCCCUAGAGGGGGGACAGCAUGGGCUGUCGCCAGCGGGUAGCAUUUUCAGUUCGUCAACGUCUUCUUUGGCUGCACCGACUGGAAACUGUACUGCAACAACUUCGACUGGCAUCUCGGCCGAGGCCAGCUGUCAUGGCUCACUCGCGGCUCCUGAUGAAGCUAGUAUUGUGCCGAGUCGAACUACGGGUACCAGCACUAGCAGUGAAACGGGUGACUCGCAUUCGGAGGGUGGAGAAGGGUCUGAAGGUGGGGAUCGGUGCAUUACAGAGCUCACGAAGGGGAACAGGUGCAUACGUGGAGCUCCUCGAGCCACAGUGCAGCAACUAUAUGGUCAGACGUAUGAUUUGGAGGCGUUGGCGCUCGAGAUUGAUCGCACGUCGCUGGAUGCAAUGGACACAGGGGAAAUCAGGAGAGACUACUACCCGGGAGUAAAGUUCCCAGUUGGAGAUCUAGGACGCAAGCUGCUGUUGAUCGCCGUGCGAGAGAAAAUGGAGGCGGGUACUUGCGGGCAGCUAAAAUUCCUGACGUUAACUGACUUAUUCCGGUUGGCGUAUGAGCUGGGCAUGUGGAGCUUCGCAUUGAAAGUAUCGAUGGCGUACAAAGCGGGAGGCCUCCGUAUCCCCAAGGGCGGUUUGGGAAGCGGCGCAAGAGGAGGAAGUGGAAGGGAUGAGCUGUGGUGUGCCAAGGAGAACCGGCGACGCCGAAAGGGAAGAAAAGGAAAUCGAUCCAGAACGAAAUCGGGGAACAGCCGGGUUGCUAAAGCAGAGCAUGACGACGAAGUAGAAGAUGAAGAUGAAGAAGAGCCCGUGGGAAAUAUUGAGUGGCCCUUGCCCGGACGGUUUCAAGGAUCCAGCGACGUGGUUUACCCUGCUGAAGGAAAAAGUGACGUUAAUGUGGGGCGUUUUGCGAGCGAGGCGGAUAGCGAAGGAGAGAAAGAAUGGAGCUUGGAAGAUAGAGCAGCGAACUAUCCUCAUCGCAUGCCGGGAGGACAGCUCGAGAGGGGGGAACCAACUGAGGCGGGUCAGCUCGGAGGACAGUCAGCGCGAGCUCACUCAGAAUUCGUUGCAGGCCGCGAGCCCGUCCAUUUCACCGGAUUUCUCACGGAAGAAGAAUCCCAUUCCGUGGCUCAUGAACGACAACUCACGGGUGAACAGGUGUCACAGCAGUCACAAACAGUAGAAGGGCAGUGGGACUUUCACAGUCUGAUGAACCGGGAAAGGGGAGGUGGAGCGUCUCAGUGGCCAAGCCAUGUGCAGCUACGAGAUGAGGAAGCAGGUGUGGAAGAUACAGAAACUCAGUCAUUGAAGCACCUGCGUACAGGAGGAAGGCCCACCCGAACUAAGCGGGGUAAAAAGCGAACGCGAGGUAGAGCUUUCGAAGGGAACGAAGACGGAACGAUGAAGUGGGACACAGAUGGGCAAGGCUCGAUGGUGGUGAGGUACGACAGCGAGCGUUCAGUUGAAGGUUCGUUCAACGGAGGCAGCAGUGUCUCGGCGGAAGGGCAACCUAGUACCGGAAUCGGGUUCAUUCAUCCGGAGUCCGAAGAACUCGAACCGGCUUCGAUGAUGGCGGGAGAAACAGGUGCCCGAGCGAGCGCAUUAAAAACGGCUAGGCUGGACGGAGGAUCAAGCCGCAGCUUCGGUCGCGACGGCGGAGCUGCAAGCGCAAGCUUUCAUAUGGCACCGGCCGCGCAGGGAUUUCAGUCUCUUCAGACGGGGGGUAGCCCUGACGUUACACUUCUAUCACCGGGCCAGGUAGCAAGUCUGUCCAGCGCUGCCGAUGGACGGGAACUGAGUGCCACGGUGGGCGGCCUGCUGCCGCCACCCUCUGAUGCAGUAGAUAGUAACUGCCACGGGUCGAGCCCUCUGGCAGACUUUGGGACGGCAGACUUGUAUUUUUACGGGCAGCUGGGAGACGGCCGCCAGAGGGCCGUUGCUUCAGCAGACAUGGACGCCUCCACUCUUGGGGGGGAGAGGAACGGGGAUCUCAAGGCCUUCGGACCGCCGGCAGACGGGGCCGAGUACAGGUUAGAUGGACGGCACCCGAAUGACGAAGAAGGCGGAGAGCAAUCCAUGAGAGGUGCCCGAGCGUUUUGCCGCGUAACUGACCACCGCGAUGUCACACUCGGCGACUGGGCAGACAGGAAUCCAGCGUAG